CACGGCCAAUCUGCUCCUCGGGCCGCUCUCCGCUUUGUGGACAAGGCCAGAGGCAGCGGUUAGCAACCGUUGCCAUGGCAAUGCUAACAGCAGCCUGCCAGCCUGAGCCGGCAAGAUGGAUACCUUGGGGUCAGGUUUGGAGAUUUCGAAUGCAGGUGCCCUCAGUGGAAGCCAGAAGAUGGAACUUAUGGAGUUCAAGAUAAACACCAAGAUUGAGAACGAGAAAUAUCUUCGCUCUCAUAAAGAAGUGGAGCUGCUCUUGGCAGGAUUUCUCAGGAGCGUCUUGCUGCAAAGGCCGGAAAACAUCCAAGAGUUUGCCGCAGACUAUUUCACCAAUCCAGAUCUCCCCGAGAAAAUCCAGCAGCAGCUGAUGGAGAAAAUGAACCAGGCCGUUUAACAGUCAACACCACACUUUGGCCCUUAAUAGAGGAAGACAACCCCUUCUUUGUCACACACACCCAUUUAUAUUUCCUUUAUCCAAAAGGUCCCAGAUAUGGAGCCCCUUGCUGUACAAAGCUGUUCAGGGCGCUCACUUUCUUUUGAAUUCCUUGUAACUUCUUCCACUCUGGCUCCUAAUAAAGUGAAGCCACAUAAACAAGCAGGGUUCAAGUGAUCAACAAAGCCAUACAAGAGCAUCAAACGAUGAACCCAACGAAAACGAAUUUCACUGUAGUGCCCCAAACACAGAAAAGGCUCAAGAGACUAAAUACGCCAACGAGUGCCAGAGAACUGAAUCGCCACAGUGCAAAUUGGCCCAGUGGAGACUAGAGAAUCGUAAUUCAGCAAUAAAUCUCCAGAUAGUUUGUGAGCAACUGCAAAGACCAGGAAGAGCUGAGGAGGUGGGCUUGGCACCCUGCGAAACGCUUCUACUGUCCAGCGAAAUCGUUCUCCCGUUACUGCUUUUCAAGGUGGACACUAUUACAAUAAGAACUGUUUGAAUAGUACACAGAGUACCUUUACUUGCCAUUUGGCGGUUUUGCCACCGCUUAAUUAGGGCGCUACCACUUUAAGGAUGGACUCCCUGCGAUACAGCGUGCCUUGUCACAUUUUUAUGUGGUUCUGAUCUGUGUUUCUUUAUAGGGAAUUUGGGAUCUUUGGCGUGUCAGACAGGUGCUCAGCCGCUAAGCCACAGCUCCUCCCACUUUUUUGGUGUCUUACCUAAGGAGACCGAAGCGCUGGCAACACACUGCAUUUAUUUAAAUGCAAGACUAGGUUUUCUCUCUUCCACGUAUGCCAUCCCAAAAAAACGGCAUUGUAAAUUCAUGUCCAGCUUUACAGUUAUAAAAAUAAAAAUCUUCUCUGUUUAA